UGUUUAUUGUUUAUUGGUUUGACGGAAUCGUCAGCGCUUAGGGAGAAUCUCAAGGUGACUGACUGUAACUAUAUGUAUGCUACACGGAGUACAUACCAGAAAUAUUUUGUAUGCCACAUAAGGUUAUACCGAUUUCCCUCAUAAUUCUUAUGAUAAGCAAAAUUCCUGAUUCAACAGACUAGGAUCAGAUUUUCCUCUUUGACUUUUUGCCGGAUCUUACACACCUCGGGAUUCGUUUUCUUUUUCUUUUUCAUCAUCAGAAGAAGACGAGAGAUGCGCAUUUCGAAGCGAGAAAACAUGAAAAACAUGCAUCCGAUAAUCACAAGACUAGCCGGCGGUGGCGAGAGAAUGGAACGGGUGAUGAAUGGGUGAUGGAUGCACAAUGUAGUUAUCAGAUCACAUCAUGACAUGUACUCUAUUGAGAAAUAUUUUUUCUUCUUUUUUUUCAGCGUCACGGUUCCAUCGAGGCUAAGCAGAGCAGACAGACAAAUAACCCGAAAGGCAUCAACAUACGACGUAAAUUUCCGAGAAAGGUACCUUUGCAUCCAUUCAUUUACGCUUUUUAAUUCUCCUAUAUCGCCUAUAUCGGGCUCUGAUAAUCAUGAAGGUCGACAGCGCAAUUCCUCAAAAUGGAUACUUGCAUUCUCAGGGGAUAUAUCGCUCACAAAUCAUAAUUCGUCUAUCUGCGCCCUCCAAGCUGCGAGAUUCCCCGUCCCGUUUGCGGUAUGGGUUAAGACAACGGUUCGUGUGCUUUUGCCCUAUCUGCUUUUCCUUUCGUGGAUAUGUGGAAUACGGGCGGUGUUAAGGGUCUAGAAUAUAGAAAUACGGAAUUGGAAAGUAAGAUAAGCGGCGGCUUCGGGAAUGAUAAGUAUCGGUUCCAUACAAGCAGCGCGAAGCCAUUGAAGAAGGGAAGAUCACAAAUAUGGCUUGAAUAAUCACGGGAUCGAGGAAUCAAGCCGGCGCAUUGAUUGGAGAUUGCGCAUUGUGGACGCAAGGGAUGAAUUUGUGAAUUGGUUAGGCAUCGGUGUAAGCUUACUGUGGUAUCGUGGUUUCAAUAUAAGUAAUAUGGCAUCCAUGCGUAUCCCAUGCGUACUUCACCGGUACACAGAAGACGGAGCCGCUACCCAAUCGCUCGGGCCUGGUGAUACUAGAUUUGGAUUUGCGUACAUGGCUUUAUGACACAUGAUGUGAGGGUUUGAGACGCAUUCUCGAGGUGCAUGGAGUGUGGUGUUUCAAUAUUCUAGAUGGGGUAAUAAUGGGAGUAUUUAGGAUAGGGAUUGGGAUUGGGAUUAGGAUUGAGCUUGCCGAAGGACAGGUUUCUGCAGAGGAUUGGGGUUGGGAUAAUGGUGAUGUGAAGAGGAGGAAUGGCCAAGAUGGCUAAUUUGUUGUUGUUGAAGCUCGUCGAAGGGAGAGGAAGUCGGGAGUCGAUGUGCUAGAUAGAGGAGGGUUACGCUCGGGAGAUGUUUGGGGUUCUUUACCCCGCAUUUUGUCACAUUUUUUAUCACAUGGCGAUCACAUUUUUGUCUAUGCAAUUUAUCUAAUAUGCAUGACGGUGAUGAUCAACACUGGAAUUAUCAGGAUUUUGGCUGCAUGAAUGUAGAAGUUCAUCAUCACGGCUGUUGUGGUACUUACUGCAUUGAUCUCACUCAAGGUUAUUGUUAAACUUGGAACUAUGAAAACCAUACCAUACCAUGGAUUUUCAUCAUCGGUGUCUGCUCAACUCUAAAUCAGAUCGAAGCGAACCUGUCUAUCAAAUGAUAAUUCGUCGGAAGAAU